GUUUCGCUUCUGCAUUCGCUACAAAGAUGGCAACGUCCAUAGCGCUCAGCCUGGAUAACUUACCGUCUGAUCCUCUAUUGCUGGUGCUGUCAUUUCUGGAUUUCCGAGAUCUGAUAAGCUGCAGUUUUGUAAGUCGUCGACUCAAUGAGCUGACAGGCCAUAACCCCCUAUGGAAGAGACUUUGUCAGAAGCACUGGCUCCUUUCAGAGGCAGACAAAACCCACAGAGGCCUGGCAUGGAAGGAGCUGUUUCGGGAGUUUUAUGCUGAUCUGGGUCGUUACAUUGACUAUUACAGCACUCUCAAGAAAGCCUGGGAUGACCUGAAGAACUACCUGAAUCAGAAAUGUCCCCGAAUGAUAGCUUCACUUAAAGAGGGAGUGAGGGAGGAAGAGCUAGACACCAUAGAGGCCCAGAUUGGCUGUAGUAAACUCCCUAAUGACUACCGAUGCUCCUAUAGGAUACACAAUGGACAGAAACUGGUGGUCCCUGGGCUGAUGGGCAGCAUGGCUUUGUCCAAUCACUAUCGCUCAGAAGACCUGUUGGAUAUUGAGACAGCAGCGGGGGGAUUUCAGCAGAGGAAGGGAAUGCGGCAGUGUCUUCCACUCACAUUUUGCUUCCACACCGGCCUCAGCCAGUACAUGGCUUUAGAGAGCACAGAGGGACGAACACGCAGUGAGAUCUUCUAUCAAUGCCCGGAUCAACUGGCACAAGAUCCUUCUGCGAUUGACAUGUUCAUUACGGGUCCUAACUUUACUGAGUGGUUUACUUCGUAUGUUGACAAUGUUGUAACAGGAGAAUACCCCAUCAUUCGGGACCAGAUCUUCAGGUAUGUUCAUGACAAGCGCUGUGUGGCAACCACUGGUGACAUCACAGUAUCGGUCUCUACCUCCUUCCUGCCAGAGCUGAGUUCAGUCCAUCCACCACACUUUUUCUUCACCUAUAGAAUCAGGAUUGAGAUGGCAAAAUCGGCCCUGCCAGAGAAUGCAUGUCAGCUAGACAGUCGGUACUGGAAGAUCACAAAUGCAAAUGGAAAUGUGGAGGAAGUCCGUGGCCCUGGUGUUGUGGGUGAGUUUCCGGUGAUGACACCCGGUAAAGUUCACGAGUACGCUAGCUGCACCACAUUUUCCACCACCUCUGAGUACAUGGAGGGCCAUUAUACAUUCCACCGGCUCAAGAACAAAGAGGAAGUGUUUGACGUUUCAAUUCCACGUUUCCACAUGGUGUGCCCACCAUUCCGUGAAUCGAUGGUGCGGUCGAGCUCAGUCAGUGAGGUGUCUGCUCCUUAUGAUGAUGAGAAUUCAUCGGACACAGAUGACUAUGAGGAGGGAGAAAUGCGUGGCAUGAACAUGGCUGACCCAGGAGGACGCUGCCCUCGGCAUGUCUAAUGCACUUUUACAUACCCCCGGCCAACACCCGCCCACAGAUACUGACGCACAGACACACUCGCACAAACAGGAGAGCAGGAGGACAAACAGAGCUUUUAGGCAUCCAUUGUUUAUUGUACAGCGCUUUGUGCCUGUCACCUCUUGAGCGUUUUCUCCAGUUUCUGAGGGCAUGUGUCUGGUUGUGGCUUAUCUGUGUCUCUGCACGUCUGUGGACGUGUGAGAUCAUUGUAUGUGUGUUUGAGUCUGCAAGUGUGUUUUGAGUGAGAGUGAGUUUAUUGAAUGUGUGUGAGAUUCUGUGAGAUUGGCUCUCCUUGCCCGGGUUUCACUAUGACCUGCCAAUUAUCUAAAAGGAUAGUUCAGCCAAAAAUGUAAAGUUGGAAUUUACUCACCCUUAUGUUGUACAUCUUUCUGUCUCCUGUAGAAUACAAAUGAAUAUAUGUGUAUAUUUUGUUUUGGACACUUACUUUAAUUUUAUGGAUGAAAAAAAAAGAAAUUCUUUAAAAUAUCUACGACAGAAAUAAAACAUUUAUACAGGUUUGGAAAGACAUAGGGGUGAGUAAUGACAGAAUUUUCAUUUUUGGGAAAACUGUUCCUUUAAAGGAUUUGUUUACCCAAAAAUGAAAAUUCUGUCAUUAAUUACUCGCCCUCAUGUUGUUCUAAACCCGUAAGACCUUUGUUCAUCUUCAGAACGUGAAUUAAGAUAUUUUUUAAUAUUCGAAAGCUUUCUGACCCUCUAUAGACCGCAACAUAACUGACACGUUCAACGCUCAGAAAGGUAGUUAGGAAAUCAAUAAAGUAGUCCGUGUGACAUCAGUGUUUCAACUGUAAUGUUAUGAAGCUAUAAAACAAAUGUCAAAGAUGGACACGGAAGAGAAGAAAUUGUUGACUAAAGUUACUUUUGUUUUCUUUGCGCAGAGAAAAUGUUCUCUUAGCUUCAUAAAAUUAAGGUUGAACCAGUGAUGUCACCUGACUAUUUUAACGAUGUUCUUACUACCUUUCGGGGCCUUGAACGUGUCAGUUCCGUUGCUGUCUAUGCAGGGUCAGAAAGAUCUCAGAUUUCAUCAAAAAUGUCUUGAUUUGUGUUCCGAAGAUGAACAAAGGUCUUUGGAAUGAAAUGAGGGUGAGCAAUUAAUAAUAGAAUUUUCAUUUUUUGGUGAACUAUCUCUUUAAAACCAUACAAUUACACAGCAUGAGGAGAAAGUUUGACACUACUGUUAGCAGAAAAGUACACGCACACUGAAUCUGGGACACUGUGUGUGUGUUUAUAUAUAUAUUUAUAGAGAUAUAGAUUCUUCACAGAAAGGCAAGAAUAAAUGGGUUCCAUUCAUUUCCUCCAUAAGGCCUCAGGUAUUGCGUAGCAUGUAUGUGCUUGUGUAUAUAUGUUUGUGCUUGUGUCGUCUGUACCGAGGGUUUCGGGGGCAGAUCUUGUGAAGUGAAAUUGAUUUAUUCAAAGAUGAGUAAAAAGCACAUCGAGCCAAACCAGCCAGUUCACGUAAACAUCAUCUAACCUGUGCAAGCAAUCAUUUAACUUCUCUUAGUUACUUGCUUUAGUUUUCUGUGUUGGUUAGCUGUUUAGAGGUGCUGAUGCCCUGUUCUCUAAAAUGCUGGGUGGAUUGUAAGUGUACCUUGGUGUAGCGUAAAGGAGUAUCAUUUUAGCUCUGAUCAUCCUAAGGGCUGGAGGUUACACAGACUGGUGUGAAUGACAAGAUAAGAUCAUUUUAUGACAACUUUAUGGCAUUAUUAUGACUUUCCACAUUUUUUUUUUCUUUAAAUUUCUGUGCAAGAGGUAAAGGAUCAGGUAAAUAUCUCUGUUGUUCAGUUUUUCAGAGUGAAACAUAGGCAGAUUCUCCCUUCCUUAAUGGCAAUGUGAGCUGAUCUUGCCUAGAGAUAUGUAUGAUUUUGAUUUUUCAUGUUUAUAACUGCAAUUAUGUUAUCAUCUUUGUAAAAAAAAAUGCUGUGCAGUGAGAUUUUCCAACAGUUUGCUAUUACAUUCUCUCUUUAACACUAUUGAACCGCUCAGAAUAGUUAAUAACUCUUGUUUUUUAUUUUGAAUGUGUGAGGGUUUUUUUUUUUAAUUAUUAUUAUUUGGAGUAAAUAAAAAGGUAA